UUUCUGUUGGCAGCGCCUGACAAGAGAUUACGCACCACAUGUCCGCAGCGCUAGCUACACUUGGCCAUGAGAAGGUGAGGGCCAAAUUCUCUGCUCGCCUUUCUGCGCCAUUAACGAGCACCAGCAGAACAACGAGAAGAAUGCAGAUUCUGACCGCUCCCUGUUCUUCCACUCCGGCGUCGUUUCACUGCUUCAAAUGCCAACCAAGAGGAACGCGAGUGCCUGUGUACUUACAAUGCUCAUCUGAAUCUGCCGUUAGUGCUGCUUUAUUUUCAUCCAAGAGGCAGCAGCAGAUAAGGCCUCUGUGGGUUGUUUCGGGUCGCGAUUGGGCGUGUAGCUCAGUCUUGGCUAAGGCCGCUCCUUCACAAGUUUCUGUUUCAGACUUAGCAAGUGAAAUGGCUGAAGCUGAUGUCCUGAAAGCUUUGUCCCAGAUAAUUGAUCCAGAUUUUGGUACUGACAUUGUCUCAUGCGGGUUUGUGAAGGAUCUUAAUGUCAAACCAUCAGGAGAGGUUUCAUUUCGGUUAGAGCUCACAACACCAGCUUGCCCGGUGAAGGAUAUGUUUGAACAGAAAGCUAAUGAGGUUGUAGCAGCACUUCCUUGGGUUGAAAAGGUCAAUGUGACUAUGUCUGCCCAGCCUGCAAGACCCGUUUAUUCUGGACAACUUCCACAAGGUCUGCAAACAAUAUCAAAUGUGGUAGCUGUCUCUAGUUGCAAGGGAGGGGUGGGAAAGUCAACUGUUGCUGUAAACCUUGCCUAUACUUUGGCUGGUAUGGGUGCAAGAGUUGGUAUUUUUGAUGCUGAUGUGUAUGGUCCUAGUUUGCCAACAAUGGUGUCACCAGAAAACCGGUUGCUUGAAAUGAACCCAGAAACAAAGACUAUUAUCCCGACAGAAUACAUGGGUGUGAAACUCAUAUCUUUUGGGUUUGCGGGACAAGGCCGUGCAAUAAUGCGUGGCCCAAUGGUUUCUGGAGUCAUCAAUCAAUUAUUGACUACUGCUGAAUGGGGUGAACUUGAUUACCUAGUCAUAGACAUGCCACCUGGAACAGGCGAUAUUCAACUUACGUUGUGUCAGAUUGUCCCAUUGACUGCUGCCGUAAUUGUUACCACGCCUCAGAAGCUAGCAUUUAUAGAUGUUGCAAAAGGAGUACGCAUGUUUUCCAAACUAAAGGUUCCUUGUGUUGCAGUGGUAGAGAACAUGUGCCACUUUGAUGCUGAUGGAAAACGCUAUUAUCCAUUUGGCAGAGGGUCAGGUUCUCAGGUUAUCAAGGAGUUUGGAAUCCCCCACCUAUUUGAGCUUCCUAUCAGACCAACUCUCUCAGCUUCUGGCGAUAGCGGAAUACCAGAAGUCGUGGCUGAUCCCCAAGGUGCAGUUUCAAGAGAAUUUCAGAACUUGGGUGUCUGUGUGGUGCAACAGUGUGCAAAAGUUCGCCAACUAGUGUCAACGGCAGUCACUUAUGAUAAAUCUAUGAAGGCUAUCAGAGUCAAAGUACCUGCAUCUGAUGAAGAGUUCUUUUUGCACCCAGCAACUGUGAGGCGAAACGAUAGAUCUGCAGAAAGUGUGGAUGAGUGGACUGGGGAGCAAAAACUUCAGUAUACAGACAUUCCAGAGGACAUUGAACCUGAAGAAAUUCAGCCCAUGGGAAACUAUGCUGUCUCAAUAACAUGGCCAGAUGGAUUUAACCAGAUUGCUCCAUACGAUCAGCUGCAGAUGAUGGAACGAUUAGUUGAUGUACCUCAGCUUCUAUAACCAUGAAACCAAGCUGCAAAGAUGCUAUCAAAUUCAAUUCCAGUUGGUUUGUCUGAAACACAUCUAUGCUUGUCAAUUCAGAGAUAAUAUUUCAUAAUUCGUAAAUCCCCAUGUCUGCGCUGCUGUCUCCAUGGGCUUUAUUUAAGAUGUAUAUAGAUAAAAGCUACAAAUAGAAUGGCAUCGGCUCAUAUCUGGUAAUAUAUGUUGGAUUCAAUAGAAAGAAAUGAGAGUUGACGCAUAUUUAGCAACA